GGCCCGGUUCCGGAGAAAUAUGCUGCUACUAUCUUCCAUGAUUCUUGCACUAACAUGAAUUAGCCCAUUGUUUCUGACUUUGCAUAUUAUUAAACUGAAUCAAACAUGAUAAUGUUUUUUUUUGCAUAAUAUUGAAUCAAAAUGGGGCGUGGAAAAGAAGCACUAGAUUGAUAAAUGCCCUCACGCAAAUCCAUUUUGGGACGUCAUUUAAAUAAAGUAAAAAAGGGGCAGUGUACCUUAACUUCCCCUUAAUCUGGAUACAAAAAUUCACAUUUCUUUAAAACUGAUCAUCAGUACUGUGUAUAUAUUUACUUCAGGAUAACCAUGGAUAAAGAAGAGAAGAUACCUAGUAGGUGUAAACCUGAAGGAAGCAGAGAUAAUGGAAAGAUGAUUACUUCUCUUCUCCCUCUGAUGAGUGUACUAACCAUAGCAAGGGUUCCUGCACUGGACGAUAUGUGUACUGAUGUAAUCAGGCAUAUUCUUCAGUUCCUGGAUUACAGGAGUAAGAAGAUGCUGAGGGGAGUGUCCUCUACUCUCAAGAACAGAGUGGAAGGAUGUGGGGAUAAACUGGUUCAUUAUUGGAGGUUUUCUACCGAGUUUACAACAGCUCAGCUCAUCAAGUUUGUUGAUGAAGUUGAAACAGUUUUAGGUAAUUGA